AAUCCCUUUCCUUUUCUGCUUUGGACCGAACAAUACGGAAUUUUCGAGAUUGUAGUUGAAACUGUAGAAAUAACGCAACAUGCCACGAGAAAUAAAAGAAGUUAAAGAUUUUCUUAAUAAAGCACGUCGUUCAGAUGCGCGUGCUGUGAAAAUCAAGAAGAAUCCUACGAAUACUAAAUUCAAGAUCCGCUGCUCGCGCUUUUUGUACACGCUAGUGGUACAGGAUAAGGAAAAAGCGGACAAAAUUAAGCAAUCUUUGCCCCCAGGAUUGCAAGUCAAGGAGGUCAAGUAGUGCUUCGUUCGUAUCCGAAUCAUCACGAGCAGUGCAUAAAUUCGAUUUGUCUGGAUUCAAAUACUUCCUUAAAUAAAAUCGAUUUUUAAAAAUAGCAAACAAAACAUGUACAACGAUUGAAAAAAAAACAGCAAAUAUUCCUACGGUGGCACUAGCCCCCACUAGAAGCUAAAAACUAAUUUUAUUAAUGAAGCUCCUAACAGUGUCAUUAGUUUUCGAUCUUUAAGAACAUGAAACUGGUUUGCUUUAAAUAUACAAAGCUCGCACAUCAUUUUCAUAAAUUUUAAAA